GAGAGAAAGAGAGAGACAGAGCACCGAGCCACCUUAUACUAGUUCGCCAGGGAUCUUCUGUCGAGACGGAGUACCGAACCUCCGCCGGGGACAAGUCUUCGUGACAAUUGUGAUCAAUCAGGCCUGGCAUUGUCAGAAACGUGACCACACCAUUACCAGUCGGAAGAGCUCGAGACGCUCGUCGGCGACCGAGCGGUCGAGACGUGCCUCGUCGAUCUUCUCGUGGAGAGGAGCGUCGGUAUUGCGCCUCGCGAUCAUCGCCGAUCACCAUCACCCGCCGACUUUCUCCAUAAGCUGUAAAACGUCUCGACGAAACCAUUCGGCCCGAGGCGUAACAAGAUCGUUAAUGAGAGGAUCGGGUCAAGGAUCGAGCAAAUUCAAGGAUCUCAAAGCGACCGUAUUGAAGACGUCCUCGACGAAGAAGAAAGAGUCCCGAGAGGACGAGUACAUGACUGUGAUUCGCGAAACCUAGGUAAUGCGAGCUAAGAAUAUUAACCGCUUCGUACUUCGUGCUGUCUCACGCCGACGCAGCCCGCAAAGGUGUCCUGGAGAGUCGAAGAAUCCAGGCUGCAAGAUUGAUCGCCAUUUUAGCGAGGGGAUCCAACGUGGACGGAUUCCCUACGAUUGAUUAAACGAUCGCGAUUACUUUCGGGAGAACAUCAGGUGGAAGAAGAAAGAACGAGGGGAAAACUCGCGCGAGGUAACCCUACCCCGUGGUCGCCCGGUAUCAAUGCAUCCCAGGCAGUGGAAAGGGUUGAUCGUACCGGGAAAUCAACAUUGCCUCGAGACGGUGGCCCGAUAUCGUCUACGAAGUAUAUUAUGAUAAGAGAGACACCUGCAGCCUCGCCAUCGUCGUGAUCACGUCCCACCUGCUGUGCCUGCACCCGCGACAACGCUCGGCGUCCGAGAAAGAGUCCCAGACUGUGAUACUACCCCGUGUGAUAGAGAAAUCGUCUUGUGAUCCCGCGUUUUACCUCAACGUACUCAAUGUCCGCGAAUCGAUUGAACGUGCUGAUGACCCUGAUGCUCGCCGUCGCGCUUCUUGUGACGGAAUCAAGAAACGCACAGGUGGAUGGCUAUUCCCAAUACGAAUCAAUAGAGAAUCGAGCCGCCGCGAGAAAACCCCAGCACAAGUAUUGCGGCAUGAGGCUCUCCAGUGCUCUACAGAUAGUCUGUGCGGGCAAUUACAAUGCCAUGUUUAAGAAGAAUGGUCAAGGUCAAGCGCAAGAAGAAAUGAUGAGAACAGGUCGCAGUGAUAACAACUUUGACUACGAUCGCAACCAAGAGAUGGAAAUGGCCGAUUAUCCGGUCACCUACGAGCUUCCCCCGUUUCUGCCGCGAACGAAAGUACUGCAGGGGCUAUUCGAAAGACGUUUCGAUAAUAGACGCUACCACAGGAAUCCUAGAGGCAUCCACGAGGAGUGCUGCCUCAGAGGGUGCACGAUACUCGAACUGACAAGCUACUGCGGCCCCCCAGAAGCGCCGCCCACGCGCUAAGCGCUCGUAUCCCGGUAACCGAUAACCCUUCGACUUCCGCUUUACUGCUCGAUCACCAUGCAAAACCGAAUAAUCUCCCCCAUAUGGAGAGAAUUUUAGUUUAAAAUUUACUCUGAAAAUCAUGUUAAUUGUAGGAUUAUAUGGUAUUUUGACAUUGAUAUAUUUUGAAUUUUAUAUGAUUU